AUGAGUUGCAACGACUGUCCACCGCUACACAUCGAGCUAUUGAACCCCACACAACCUGCCCCAUCACCUGGUGAACUGGAGACGUUUCCACGCAUAACCCUCAGCCAAGAGGGCAUCGUCAACAUGCGGAAACUUCACAAACAGCUUCCUGGCGGCGACAACUGUGUCGAGCGUCGAAUUCGCGCAAAACGAAACCGCGCCCGACUCUCGCGCUUCCGCACCCAACCAAUCACCUUUGCGGAAAUCGCAGAAGUAGACGAGGACCGUGAAGAAGCGGCGGCGUCGUCCUCUAAGGAGCCACCAAGAUGA